AUGUCCCCCAAGUCCACAAAACACGCCAGUUACAGAACGAGGACCAAUGACAGUUCUCCUGCAUAUAUAGACAACGACUGGGGCCAGAACCCACAGGAUGACUUUUUGAAAGCUGUGGUGGCCUAUGUGUGUUGGUACAUUUGGAAGGCCCGUUGUGGUUUGAUUUUUGAAAACAAAAACCCAGAUCUGAAUUGGAUCUUGACUGCUGCUUCUACUGGUGUAAAUGAACUGUGGCGUGUUAAGUGCUGGAGUGAAUCUCAAUCGGUUUCCUCAGCUAAUGAAUUAGAAGAUAUGGUUUGGUCUCCUCCUCCUAAUAGUUUAAAAUUAAAUGUUGAUGGCUCUUUUGUAACAGGUACAAAUCGUAGUGGUGUGGGCUUUGUACUGCGAGAUGCUCAGGGCCAAGUGGUAGAUCUAUUCUGCCAAAAAGGUAGAGCACUAUCAGCUUUUGAGAGUGAAGCUGAGGCGUUACAUCAGGCUAUCUUUCGCUAUAAAGAUAGAGAGUUAGGCAAGGUGGAUGUGGAAUCAGACUGUCUUCCUUUGGUAAAAGCAAUCAAGGAAAAUACUCAUUGUCCUGAUUGGAAAGCAAACGGGCUGGUUGCUGAUUUAAAGGGCUUUUUUGCUUCCUAUACAGACUUUAGCUUAUCCUUUGUUCCUAGAAAGUGCAAUUUGGUAGUUGAUUGGCUAGCUAAAUCUGGUUGUAAGGGGAUGUGGUCUUUUGGUUGGGAAUUGGCUCUCCCAUCCCCUCUUUUGAUCUUGCUUACUUCUGAUAGGUCGAACUGUAGAGAAGGCAUAGGAUGA